AAUCUCCAGCAUAUUUGUUUUGGUUUUCGUGUGGGGGGUGAACUUUACUUUAGCAAGUUUUUAUUUGUUUUGUGCUAAUUUCUGAGCAUGAAAUUGUAGUUUUAUACUGUGUUUCCAGGCGGUGCCGUGUGAAUUGCACUGUGUAAAGAAAUGAAAUUGUACUGAUCCACUGCAGCUAGUCACCAUGUGGAAAAUUUGCAACAUCAGCCGAAAUCAGUACUUCUUGGCCGGUUUGCUGAUAGGAUUCCUGUACAGCUACUACAUGCCCCAGGAUUUGACAGAGAUCGUCGUCGAGUGUCCGGAGGUCACGGAACGGGAACACCAGUUGGCGGAGGAGGCCAAGUAUGGCAGUGAAUUUGAGCCCCAGCUCAACCUGGAGCAGAAACCGAUGACGGCUAAAAAACAGGUGAAGAAUAUUGUUCGACCACGGUAUUACUACACGGAGUUGGGUAUUAGAGAGAAGCUGUUCGUGGGGGUGAUGAGUACGCAGGAGAACAUUGAUUCGUUAGCGACGGCCAUCAAUAAAACUUCCGCUCAUUUGGUUAACAAAAUAAAGUUUUUCAUAAAUGCUGACAACGUGAAAGCGAACUUCAAACUGAAGAAUAUUGUCGGAUUCACUGAUACGCGAGAAAAUUUGCGACCGUUUCACGUUCUCAAGUACAUCGCUGAUAACUACUUGGAUGAUUAUGACUACUUCCUGUUGGUGUCGGAUACAUCGUAUGUCAACGCCCGACUGCUAAAGGAAAGACUAUCCCACAUCAGUAUCAGUUUUAACAUCUAUAUGGGAACUCCCCAUGCGGUUCCGAACGAAGAUGGAGAAGCGCAACAGGAUUCGCAGUACUGUGAUCUGCAUGCCGGCAUCGUUCUAAGCAGUAGCGUUAUUCGAAAGAUCCGUGCAAACCUCGACUGGUGCGUGCGUAAUGCGGUCUCCAAUCAGCACAAUUUGAACAUCGGACGAUGUGUAAAAUAUUCAACUAAAAUCGAUAGCUGUCAAACUUCCUGGCAGGGCAUCAACGUGACAAGCUACAAACUGAACAGCUACAAAAUCUAUCGAGAUCUGCACAUGAUCAAACACGAGGAUAGCUUCAAUAAGGCUUCGGUGGUUUACCCGAUCACGACGGCGGACGAUUUCUAUCUGCUUCACGCGUACUUUUCCCGUGUUCAUCUGGAGCAGUCGAAUCAACGGAAAAAUUUAAUUCAGAAAGAAGCUUCUACGAUUUCCAACGGGACACUGUCGAAUGACAUCCUGGAAGUUCGCUGGCCACUGGGAGUUCCGAAACCGAACCCACCGGAAUCACGACACGAUAUCAUCCCGUGGACUCAUCUGAAUCUGACGCAUUCCUAUAUGUGGAACUCGGAAGUCAACGUGCGGCCUCUGUCCGGCGUCGAUAGCGAAGAUAUGCAGAACAUUCUCAACAAAACCAUCCUGGAGGCAUACCGCACUCAACCGGAACUGGAAUUUCGUAGUCUACAUUCGGCCUAUCGCCGGUUUGAUGCCGUUCGCGGAAUGGACUAUCGAAUGCAUCUCGCCUUCUACGACCGAAAGCGUCGCCAGUCGGUUCUGAAGAGUUUCGAAGUUGUUAAACCCAUCGGAUUGAUUGAGAUUGUGCCGUCACCGUACGUAACGGAAAGUACCCGAAUCGCCAUCCUACUGCCGACGUUCGAACAUCAGGUGCACGAGGCGCUGCAGUUUGUCCAAAGCUACGAGAAGGUUUGCAUGGACAAUCAGGACAACACCUUUUUGAUGCUGAUCUUCUUCUACCGAGCGGACACACCCAGCAAAGGAGACGAGGAUGUUUUCCUACCCCUGAAAAACCUCGCCUUGGGCCUAACGGAUCAGCACAAACAGGACGGAUCCCGAAUCGCUUGGGUGUCGAUACGGUUGCCACCGGAACUAAGUCAACCGGUCAGUUCGAAUCAUCUCUUGUCGAGCUCGGUAUAUGGACCGAAUCAGCUCCUUAGUUUUGCUGCCACGGAUUUGGCCUUGCGUAAAAUCGGUCUCGAUAGUCUGAUCAUGAUCUGUUCUAGUGGGGCUACUUUCCGAGCGGAUUUUUUGAACCGGGUUCGCAUGAAUACCAUCGCUGGCUUUCAGGUAUUCAGCCCCAUAGGUUUCAGCAUGUAUCCGUGCAGCUGGACCGGGCUGUGUAAGGAAUGUGACGGAUGUGAUGUUGGCCAGAGCAGUGGCUAUUUCGAUCGCGGUAAUUACGAUGUAAUUUCAUUCUACAGCCGAGACUACGUCGAAGCUAGGAAGUUGUUGGAACAACAAUUACCGAUCGUGCGUUCCGAUCGAGAUAUUGGCAAUCUGGUUAACUACACACAAGAAGGACCCUCGCCAAAUCAGGGAAUCGGAAAUGUAGCCGAAAUGUUUGUCAAAUCGACCAGUAAAAUUCACGUCCUACGCGGCAUAGAACCGAAUUUACGACUGGGGCGUGCGAUUGGCAACUUCCUGGCUAGUGAUCCGAACGGGGACCGACUGAUGGAGUUGCGCUGCGAAGAAUCGGACACCGAAAGAUGUUUGCGAAUCGCUUCGAAGAAGCAAAUCGGAGACGUUCUCGUACAGCGUGGCCACAGUGUGGAGAGCGAAGUGCUCGAAUAGAAAAAAAAGUCCGAGGCCGACGUUUUCACCGGAAUACAGGUACGUAGAUAGCAUUUAGCAGAAGCAACUGUAGCUUCAUAUUUUUUUUUUGCCAAAUUUAUUCGUUAACUGUCGAGCGAAGGUGUUAGUUUGUAGAAUCAGAAAUAUGUAUUCACUGUCAGGAAGAUAUGUUAGACUAUUUUAUGAAAAAUAAAAUGCUUUUCGUAUAAA